AGGAGGCUUAUUAGAGGAAUCCCCAGAAUACCAGAGAGAGAGCGAGAGACAGACAGAGACAGAUCAUUUAGUGGAAAAGAGACUGAGAAGAUUGUGACAGAAGGACGAGCAGAAGAACGCCAGAACAGGGGGGACAACUAAGUCGUGGAGCAAAAGCAGGUGUCGCAGAGGGUCCUGUUCGCUUCCCCAGGUCCUGUCUUGCGCCAUGAGCUGUCCAAGGCCCCCCGGGGGGCUCGGAGAAGAAGCAAAGCUCAGGGGGUCCCCGAGAAAGGAGCAGGACCUGAGGAGCACGGCAAUCCUGCACCAGCAAAGGCGUCUCAAGCAAGCCACUCAGUUUGUGCACAAAGACUCUGCUGAUCUGCUGCCGCUGGACCAGCUCCGGAGACUGGGAACCUCUAAAGACCUGCAGCCUCACAGUGUGAUCCAGAGACGUCUCCUGGGGGGAAGCCCUGUGAAGGAAACAAGCAGCUUGAUCCCACCAUUCCCCCUGUGUGAUCCGGGGACGCAGCCUCCAGAGGAAGGAGUUACAGCAGCCAGGUUCUGUGAACCAGACACCAAUCCAGCCCAGCAGAGGGAUGACCAGCAGCUGCUCCCUGACCCACCUGAGGAGACAGCGGCAGGCUGGAAAGGACGCCCCUUGCUCAUCCCCUGUCAGGUGCGUACUCAGGACGUCAUCGCUAAGUUGUGCAUUGAGCGACAAGAGAACUUCAUCUCCAAAGCAUGUGUGACAGGACUGGGGUUGGAAGUCACGAAUGGUUCCCCAGAGCGGCUGACUGUGGACAUUGGUCUGGGGUGUGAGAGUCUGACAAUCCUGGCGGUAAUAGUGGAUGACAACAGUGCCGACUUCUGCAUCGGCUUAGACACGCUUGUAACACUCAAGAGUUGCAUUGAUCUGGAGCACGGUGUCCUGAAAACUCCAUCGCAAGAGAUCUCGUUUCUGACCUCUCUACACAGCCACCCAAUGGCAUCAAAGACUGAAGCUGAGCUCAAUUCCAGCGAGCAGUGAGGCGCCGCCUACUGGUCAAGGGGCAACACUGCAAAUCCAAAGCACAAGUACCAUGCUUAAUACAUCUACUUCAUGGACACGUUCAGCGUCACCACUGCCAACAAAGAGCGGUGUGCCGAGAGGAAAAACUGGGGUGGAAAUACUUUGGAAUGGGGCACAAGACCUCGAUGUUGCUUUUAUUCACUGCAAGACACCAUGGACCAGACAUAAGUGACCCAUAUAUACCCAUCCAUUACCGCUCUUUAUAAAGAAAAUAAUUUUUCACGUA